GCUCUUCUUUCUCCAACUUAGUUCUGUUCUUCUCUCCAUAACCAGCACUAGCUACCUCCUCCUCUCUCAUCUUCUCCUUACAUAUCUUACGGUAGUGCCUUCUCAAUACCAACAAUGGCAUGCUUUGAAGUCUGUAAGAAGAUAAGGGAAAUGGGAGGAGAAAAAGAGGGAAAGAAGAUCAAAGAAGAAGAAGAAGAAUUCACCAUUGAUGGUACCAUCGAUCUACGCGGUCGCCCGGCAAUCCGUCAACGAAGUGGACGAUGGGGUGCCGGAAUUCUGUUACUUGUGAAUCAAGGGCUGGCCACACUUGCAUUCUUUGGAGUUGGAGUGAACCUGGUUUUGUUCCUUACAAGAGUCAUAGGGCAAGACAAUGCUGAAGCUGCUAAUAAUGUUAGCAAAUGGACUGGAACCGUCUACAUCUUCUCACUCGUCGGUGCAUUCCUCAGUGACUCCUACUGGGGAAGAUACAAGACCUGUGCCAUUUUUCAGGUCAUCUUUGUGAUUGGUCUGGUACUAUUAUCACUAUCAUCAUACCUUUUCUUGGUUAAACCUAGUGGCUGUGGGGAUGGACAAACCUCUUGUGGGCCUCACUCACCAUACUAUAUAGCCUUCUUUUACCUAUCUAUAUACAUGGUUGCCCUAGGCAAUGGAGGGUACCAACCUAACAUAGCCACAUUUGGGUCAGAUCAGUUUGAUGAAGGGGACAGCAGGGAAUCACACUCAAAGGUGGCCUUCUUUAGUUACUUCUAUUUGGCUUUGAACCUUGGCUCCCUCUUUUCAAAUACCAUUUUGGGGUAUUUUGAAGAUGAAGGGAUGUGGGCACUAGGGUUUUGGGUAUCUAGUGGCUCUGCAUUUGUAGCAUUGGUCCUAUUUCUAGCUGGGACCCCAAGGUACAGGCACUUCACGCCAAGUGGCAACCCUCUCUCCAGAUUUUCCCAAGUGGCUGUCGCCGCGGUCAAGAAAUGGAGGGUUGAGAUGCCAGUAGGUAAGGAAGAUCUAUAUGAAGUGGACGGAAAGGAUUGUGCCAUCAAGGGAGGUAGAAAGAUGCUCCACACUCAGGGAUUCAAGUUCUUGGACAAAGCAGCAUAUAUCACUUCAAAGGACAUCUCCCUACAGGACAAGGAGGGUCUUCACAGCCCUUGGCGUCUCUGCACAGUUACACAAGUAGAAGAAGUGAAAUGCAUAUUGAGACUUCUCCCAAUUUGGCUAUGCACCAUAAUCUACUCAGUGGUCUUCACCCAAAUGGCUUCCCUUUUUGUAGAACAGGGAGCAGCUAUGAAUACUUCCUUUGCAGGCUUUCGUAUUCCUCCUGCAAGCAUGUCUAGCUUUGACAUUCUUAGUGUGGCAGCUUUCAUUUUCAUUUACAGGCGAAUUCUCGAUCCUUUUGUUGGAAAACUACGAAAGACAGGUGGUAAAGGCCUUACUGAGCUUCAGAGAAUGGGAGUUGGAUUGAUUAUAGCAAUAAUGGCAAUGAUCUCAGCAGGAAUUGUGGAGUGCUAUAGGCUAAAAUAUGCUCAAGGUGAAUGUCUGAAUUGUGAAGGUUCAAGUUCUAUGAGCAUCUUGUGGCAGAUACCUCAAUAUGCAUUCAUAGGAGCUUCUGAGGUGUUUAUGUAUGUGGGUCAAUUGGAGUUCUUCAACGACCAGACACCAGAUGGAUUGAAGAGCUUUGGGAGUGCUCUUUGCAUGUGUUCCAUUUCACUGGGGAACUAUGUGAGCAGUUUGCUUGUGUCCAUUGUUGUGAAGAUCUCUAAGAAAGACAAUAUGCCAGGAUGGAUCCCUGGGAACCUUAAUAGGGGUCAUCUAGACAGGUUUUACUUCCUCUUAGCAGUUUUGACUACUGUUGAUUUUGUGCUUUAUAUGAUAUGUUCCAAGUGGUACAAGUCUAUCAAGUUGGAGGGAAAGGGUCAAGACAUGGACAAUGAAGAUGAAGAAGAUGAGGACAAUGACGAGAAUGACAACUUCAGUGUCUAGCUUAGAGUGUAUUGUUGCUUCUAUAACAUAUACUUGUAACACAUAAAUAAAACAGGAAGGGAGGUGGGGGGUUGUUACAGUCACACUCAAUUGGGAAAGAAGAAUACUGUAUAGUGUAAGACUGAAAACCCCACCACACACUCUCUCUCUCUCUCUCUCUCUCUCUCUCUCUCUCGUACAAGUUACACCCUUUUCUCCUAUCCUACUGUCCCUGAAAUGCAAUGUAAAGACUAAGAGCUAGACUGACCAAAGAGGGGUUUAAGAGGUGGGAGAUAUUGAUCAAGGUCCUGUCCUUAAUCCCACUGGCUCUUAUUUGUUGAUUCUAUUAUAGGCAUAGAAUUGACAAUAAUGUUGUAGGGAAUUUUGUAAGUUAGAGAGACUUGGGUCUUUUGUAUCUCAUUUCUGUUCCACUUGAAUUGCUCAAUUAAUGUUAAAUUUUAAUAAAAGUCUAAUCUUUUCUUUGAAGCUCUAA